AUGGAGAAAGAUCGCCAGUCAGCGUGGCUCGACGAGCUUUACUUUGAGCAUAGCGCAACAAGGGAAGGCAAACAUGUACAGCGUAGCAGUACUGGCCAAGCUAUCACGAAAGAUCUGCAUAAGUUCUCAAAUGCACUCUUGAACGCACUGCGUGUUCGCCAGAUAUUGCAAUUCAACCAGGAACUUCUUAUACUCACAGAGAAAUUAGCAGAGAAAACAAACGAAGGGGACUUAAUCGAAGCGUUGAAUGCGUACGAAGAUUUGCUUAGAUUACAUAAGUCGCGAUCAAACGUGCGCUCAAAAACCGACAUUGACAUUGAGAGUUCCUUGACUAGUGUACACUGCUUUGUUCGGAAUGCUACGUCGAGUUAUUGUCAGUCAGCACUCGUGGUUGAUGAUCUUGUGAAUGUUCUCCAUAUAGUGGAUAAAUUGGUUAGAAUAGAGCUCCAUCACGUUGUCGAAGAUGCCGUCACUACGUCAAUUCGCGAGACUAUGGUUGCAAGAUACGAAAAUGCGCAAAAUAUGAAUUUGGACAGGGGGCAAAUACCAGCGAGAGUGAGCAUGUUGCCUCUCAAUACCUUGUACGAGACUAUCCGAAGCUUUUUGUCGCAACUGCAAACAUAUUCGAAAGAAAGAAAGCCUUCUGAAGCGGUUAGUUUUGUUUUUGCCGCGAUUGUCGGUACUUGGUCUUCGCUAGUUGAAAAAUUUUUGGUCGAAUAUGAUGACCACUUGAAAACUUGUGUUCUGGACAAUUUGACGAUAAAAUUUGAUAACUUGGUACAGUUAGACACAGCCGUGGAAGAUAUCGUCCUGGUCAACAGAAUAUGUAAAGCACAGCAUGUGAUAUUUGUGAAGUUUCCGUUAACAAUGGAGUAUGACAAUCCGCCGCUUCACACGGUGGUUAGUCAAGACUGCCGCGAAGUUUUUCCAGUGCUGCACACGCUCGCAGAAUAUUAUGUGAAACUUGAAGAAAAACACUUCAAGUACAAGGCGGGCUUUUGCGUUGACAGAGCCACAUAUCAUCGCAACAAUUUUACGCACGGUGAACAAGUUUCUCACAGAUUUCUCAGAACAAACGAUGAAAGUGUAUCUGAAUCAGAGUGUAGAGGUUAUUGCAGAGGUAUUUUGGAUCGAAAAUAA